AUGCUAUGAACAGUCUAUUUGUAGCAUAGUUGCAAUCGAGUCAAAUCUUUCAAUUGAUUUUAUGCUUAAAGAUAAGAAUAGAAUAGAUAGAUGGGAGUGUUUCACGCCCGUAAUAGUUACCAUCUCACCUUUGCUAGCUGGUGCAUUUGAUUUUGGUUUUACGCAAUUUCAUCCCAAUUAGCGGUACUGCAAUGUAAUGAUUCUAACUCAACUGCGCACCAUUAAUCAUAAGGCCCGUACCAAAUGAUUCUCGUAAUUACAUACAUUAUUAUCCUUUGGACGAUUAGCCUAUCUAUUAUUACUUCAGUAUAAAAAACAAAAGAAGUGCUGAGAAAUUCAUGAAUAACUAACAAAAGAAAAUGAGGAAAGUCGUAAGGUGGGAUUUGCUAUUUCUGCUGGCCGCAGAACUUCAAGAAAACGUGAAUUGAUCCGUCUGUGAAUCAAGUAAUCCUAUUCCUAUCAUCUCCGUGUUGGUGUGUAAUCACAUGAAGCAAGGCAGAUGGCAAAAGGUAAUUGGCAACAUUAAAUCCUUCAUUUUUGUCACCUUCCCGACCUAAGCCACAAUCCAUUACCCACUCUGAAAUGAAAUGGACGACACGACAUGGGAGCAAAAGCUCCAAGCUUUAACCCACAUCCUUACAAGCCCUACACCCUCACCGCCACUCCACUCGCAGUUCUUCAUCUCCUCACAAAUCCCAUGUUACCUCAACUGGGAUUACCCUCCGGUUCUCUGCAAUAAACCCAACACCGACACCUUCCCUUCUCUUCACCUGAAAUGGGGAUUCUCUCUUUUCCUCAAAAGGGUCUCAACAUUGGGUCUCCCUGAGACUUCCUGGAGGUCCAAGUGCCCUUACCAUCAGCCCCCGCCAUUGAUUCUGGCGAAAGGAGUGGAGGAGGCAAAGUGGGAUGAUGGGCAAAAGAGGGUGUACGUUAGGCAGAGGCUGAGAAGGAAACUCCGAGGAAGCGACGUUCAACCUUGGAUUCCAAUUUUGAUUCCCGAUUUGUUAUUGUUCUCUCUUUUGUUGUUCAAUCCGUUUCCUCUCAACGAUUCAUGAGAAAUUGUGUACGAGGCACUACUAAAUCCUUACGUUUAUCAACAAUUUUUCAGUUUAUUUGGUUGCUUGACGCUUAGUGACUUUCCAA